AUGUCGUCCCGUCUUCCCCAAGAGCUGUUCGACGCCAUCCUCGACAAGCUCGCCGAGCCGCCGCACAAGUACAGCGACUAUUACACGAGCAAAGAUGCUCUCGCCAAGGCGUCUCGGUCGUCGCGCUGCCUGAACUCGGCCGCGCAGGCCAACCUGUGGCGCAACAUCUGGCUCCUGGACCCGAGCGUCGCCGAGUUCUGGUCGAUCAAGGCCGCCGCCGCCGUCAGCAAGCUCGGCAGCCGUACAACUACGCUCGUCUAUUCGUCCGACGAAGAGUCGAUCGACGGCGGGCCCCUGGACGUGGCGCACGUCUUCCCGAGCAUCGUCGACCUGCACAUCAUCUGCCGCAUUCUGUCCCCACGCUUCGCAGUCGGCUUGGAGUUUCUCUCCACCCACACCAAGCUUCGCCACCUCAGCCUCGUCAGCCUCGUCCUCGACAACGUCCUGUCCGUCAACCUGCCCGGGCUCGAGACACUCGAGAUGCUCAACUGUCUCCUCUCGGCAGGGGAGGCAGCCGUGUUGCUGCGCCCUCACGUCAUGCCGUCACUGCGCGUCCUGAGCCUGAUCGGCAAUUUGGACCGCGGCGCAAACACCGCCCUCGACCUUAGAGCCGUCAUCGCGCCGAGCCUCCUGCCGCAGCUCGACUAUGCUACGGCCGACGUCUACGGCCUUGACCCCGAGAGCGAGUUGGGCAACGGCGUCGUCCCUCCCUUCCUCUUUGACGCCUCCUGGCGCCACGUCACGCCGCUUCCCAGGCACUCGAAGCCGCUCUACGGCGACCGGCCCAACCCGCACUACAUCUGCCUCGUCCUGACGACCGUCGCCAACGGCCUCCGCCGGUCCACCGCGAGCGCGCCGUUCGUCGUCGUCCUCCCUCGCACGGUCCUCGAGGUCGCCGUCGAGGACGAGCGCGCGGCCGCCGCCGUCCGUUGCCUCGAGUUGAGCGCCCAAGCGCACGCGGCGCGCAUCAUGUGGGUCCCCGAGCCGCCGUGCUGGGACUCGCGGGCCAGGAUGGAGGGCGAGUUUCGCGCGUACGGGCGCGCGCUGCGGCUCGCGAGGGAGGCGGCGGCGUGA